AUGGAGUCACUACCACAGCUACUCCGGGACUCCAUUGCCUUCUCAGCCGUGGUCUAUGUUCAGACUGGCAUCGUCGCUUGGGACUUUGCGACUACCUUGAACUUUGACCUGGAGGUUGUCAGGGGCAAGAUCUCUCGGACGUGGCCAUUAAUCUUGUGUAAGCAUCUGAACCGUCUUGCUGCCGCGACGUUGCGCCUCGGUACCUGACAGUGGACGCUAUCAUACCGACCAUCAGUCUUUGGUACUCGAUACGGCUCCAUCGUCGCGUGCACUGCCCUGCUAUGCCAGAUCAACGCUUGGCCCGGCAUAUCAUGUAACACGACGUGGAUAUGGGUGCGUCUUAGCGGCCCAUGGGUCCUUCUCUUGUCGCGUCGACAGCUUACUUGGAUUGCAAUUCGCCGAUCAUAGGUGAUCAUCGGCGUCAAGCUCCAAAAGUUGUUCGCUGAGGCGCUGUUCGCAGUCAGAGCCUCCGCUGUUUGGGAUCACUCUCCCCUCGUCAUUGUUGCGGUGGUCAGUGGUCUGCUGAUCAACACUGGUAUCGGCUUCGCCACUAUCGCAGCUGCUGAUUGGCGAUGGGAGCCACCCACGAGUCCUGGCCUGA